CGUAAACAAACUACUGAGAGACUCGUCGAAAUAUGGUGAGAAGAAGUUGACUAAAGCACUGAAAAAGCAGAAUAAUUGAAGAAGAAAAAAACAAAAACAACAAAUCAGAUAAUCCUAACAGAGAAAGCAUGUCCGAAGAAGAAGAUUAUUCAGCAGAGGAAGGCCGGCCAAUGGUCAUUGAGGUUAAAAGAACCAAAAGGCCAUCAUCACGGACACAAGGUCGGAUGACCUUGCUCAAGACACCAAGAACACCAAAAACCCAGCGAAGUCAGCAUAACGAUGAUGAUGAAGAUGAUUACUCAGAUGACUAUGAUGAAGAUAUGGAUGAUGAGAAUGAAGAGAUGAUGGAGGAAGCACCUCGCACAUCACACAUUACGCAUAGACCAAAAAACGGACGCAAGAAGGUUAAUACAACACCUCCAGAUCGCCUGCUGAAGAGUUCCACAAAGAAGGCUAACAAAUUCCUUGAACAGGGCAAGGUAGACAAAGGAAUCCAAGAAUAUGUCAAGUGUAUAGCAUAUGCCAGGAUGGUCCAUGGUGCUGACAACUGGAGACUGGCUCAGUGUUACGCUGAUUUGGCAGAGGCCUACCUUGAUCACAAAUCAUACGCUGCACAGGCUGAUUAUCACACAGACAACGGUAAAGCUAUUCUCCUUAACUCCCCGCCAAUGAUUACCACGGAGACAGAGAAAGCCAAUGUUUACACUGUUUUGUUCAGACUCUAUUACACUAAAGGUCGGGCCUUGACCUCUUUGAAGAAGUAUCCAGAAGCUGAACAGAUCCUCUCCAAGGCAGAUAAAUUUCUUGCCGACAUUUUCAAGAUGUCAUGUGUGACUCAGGAUGAAUGUGAUGAAAUGGAAAUUGAUAUUUCACAUGCUAAAGCAAGACUUUAUUGGAAACAAAAGAAGCAUGCCCUUGCCAGCAGCCAGUAUGACAAACUACUGGACCAGAUGGAGGCUCACUAUGGCAAAGACAGUAUGGAAUUGGUGCCUGUUUACCAGGAAAAUGGACAGCUGGAACAGAGUAAAGGUCGACAUGCAAACCAUGACAAAGCCAUAGAGAUGUACCUACAAGCCCACUCUAUUGCAGGUGCCAAUUACCAUGAAGAAAACCUUGUUACUAUGGAUACUGCUCUUAGUUUAGCAAGGGCCUAUUCUCAAACUGGAAGGGAGGAAGCUGAAGGAGUGGCAGAAAAAUAUUUAAAUGAAUGUCUAGCAAUUUGUCAGACGUGUCAUGGUUCUAAUCACAAGAAAACAUUGGAAGUCAUGGAUGAAUUAGCACGACUACUGGUCCGUGUUGACAGGCAAGAGGAAUCCUUGAGUAUCUUGCGCUCCAGUCUGCCCGGAAAGUGUGAAGCUUACGGAGAUUACUCAGAACAGGUUUCUGAUACAUACAAACUCAUUGCCUCAGUACAUCUGUCUGGCAGUGCUACAGAGAAGGCCAUCAGAGCUUAUCAAAAGUGUCAUAACAUCGAGUGUCUGGUCCUAGGAAAGAAUUCCAAAAAGGCGAAAGAUUCUGAACGUACAAUAGAGAUACUUAUGGCGAGUCCUGGGCUCUCCAACAAGUUCUCACUCAGUAAAUCAGAAGAAUUGAAAAAACGACCAAAGUUUAAUUCCAUUGUAAACCGUAGCAAGCCAAUGACGGGAACGUAGACCUACGCUUUAGUCGUGUAAUAGACAAUGACUGUCUUUUUCUUCGGUCAUUCCAUUAUCACUGGUGAGAAGAUUUUCAAGUGCUGCUGAAAUUUGUCACCAAAUGCAGUGAUGACAGUGUAUAUGUGAUGAAUUGAUUCCGUCCUAAAUUUAUCAAGAUGUUGAGACUGUAGCCAUGGUUACAUUUCAUAUGCCAGUAGAUAAAUGAAAUAAUACUUCUAGUUGUAAGCUCAACUGGCCCAAAGGGCCAAUUUAGCUAUUGGUAUACCACUGUGUCUGUCUUCUGUCCAUCAACUUUUUCUACAAAUCACUAAUAGUCAUGAAAAUUUGAGAGGAUUUUGACCAAAUUUUGUCAGAAGCAUCCUUUGGAGAAGGGGAACAUAGUUUGUAUAAAUGAUUGGUCUCAUUAUUAGGAUAUGGUUAUGGAUUAUUGAAGCAAGUAUAUUACCUAGAAUAUUUGCUCAAAAUUAUUAAGAACUAAAUAUUGACUUUGCAUAAAUUGAAACAAUAGUGUUGUUGUAAGUCUAGAAAUCAAAUAUCUCAAUGAAUCAAACCCCUCUUGAUUGACAUAGCAUGGGGAACUUGUAAAAUUAAAAUUAAGGUAGUUUUUUUAGACCAAUUUCACUGCAUUUUGUAGAUUUGAAAGUAGACAAAAUAAAUAUCUAUGUUAGGAUUAGAGUUCAAAUUCUAAGUACAUGUAUUACAUUGAAAAAUAAAACUUAAAAGUAGAAAUAGAUGUUGUAGAAUCAUUUUCUCUUAUACUUUACAGUUAGUUAACUUCCUGGGCUAAAUAUUACAUGGUUGUCCCUGUUUCGGUUAGUUCAUAUGUAUUACAUUUUUAUACAUCUAUCAGUUUAUAUCAGUGUAUACCUGUUGGGCAGAACGUCUUUUUCCUUAUAUUUUGAUUCAUUUUAAAAUUAUUUAUUUUCAUUCUUCUUAAUUAACUGCAAAUAUAGCGAGAUUAAAUUCCCCACAAAUAUUACAAACUCUACAGUUUUAUGUAGAUCUCUGUUACUAGACUCCAGUCAGCAUGUGGUAAACUGAACUUCAAUUCCUGAAUUCACUAGUUAUUUUCUCUAUGAUCAUUUCUCCAUUUCACUUUCUUUUUUCUAACAGUACAGCAAUCAUAACUAUUUAAGCUAAACUUGCCACACUUUCAGUUUAUUUUCAAACCGUGUGUAAUUAACAAUUUUUCAUCACACUACCAAACGGCAGUCUAAUUCUGUAUAUAAUGCUGCUAUCAUUCAAGACACUGCUCUGCAUCAAUACAAUCCCUAGAGAGACUAUAAUUUCAAAUGUGCCAAAAUUUGAGUGCUUACUCUUUAAACAACUUAAGCUGAUAGAUAUAUUCAGUUUGAACAGGCAACUAUACUCUGAAAAAAUUGACAAACUCAUCAGUGAUAGUUUAUAAAAUAUUUUAUUAUCAUUGAUAUUUACUGUGCAUACAAUUUUUUCUUAAAUCACUAUGGUCAUAUUUCAGUGUGAUAUUUAAACAAGGUAAUGUAAAAUGUAUUCAUACCAAACACUCAACCAAGUCAUCUCCAGCAUCCUAACAUAAACAUCUAUAUUCCGACCUGUCAGAAUAGGUGAUCAUGUUUUUACUCUGAAAAUUUCUCAGAAAUAUGUAACAAUGCAGUUGCAAUUGCAGAUAUAAUAUCUGUAUAUUUGGUCUGACGAAAAUGACAAAAUGCAAUAUAUUCCUGUGAUGACUACAUACCGGUAUUAGGAAUCAUGUUAGUGAUCAUUUGUAAUUGCAGACUUCACUGUCUUUUUCCCUUUAAUUUAUAUUUUUAAAAAUUAUGUAGUCUUCUAGAUCCACUAAACUAUGUUUUAUUUCAUGAAUUGAAAGGUUCAGUGAAUAAUUCCAGAAUUAAAUAUACAGGAUAUUUGUUAGUGGGGUUGGGGUAGUGGAGAGGAAGACAUUGUUUGUUUGUAACCCAAACACAAAGAUAUUAAAACUUUCAACCCUCAUGAUG